GCCUCGCAGCGCUGGGGCCCGCUCCCGGCCGAGGCGGGGCCGCCGCCCAUCCCCACAGAUAAACUGUUAGUUUUUACUGUAGCAACUAAAGAAACCGAUGGAUUUCACCGGUUCAUGCAGACUGCACAGCACUUCAACUAUACUGUGAAGGUACUUGGUAAAGGUGAAGAGUGGAAAGGGGGAGGGUUAGCUUACUCAAUUGGAGGAGGCCAGAAAGUAAGAUUGCUGAAAGAAGGAAUAGAAAGCUAUGCUGAUCAAGAAGACAUGGUUAUAAUGUUUGUUGAAAGCUAUAAUGUUAUUUUUGCGGGUGGCCCUGAUGAAUUGCUCAAGAAAUUCCAGCAAGCUAACCAUAAAGUAGUAUUUGCUGCAGAUGGACUAAUUUGGCCAGAUAAAAGGUUAGCAGACAAGUAUCCCUUUGUCCGGAGUGGAAAACGUUUCCUUAAUUCAGGAGGAUUUAUUGGUUAUGCCUCAUAUAUGAACCGCAUUGUACAGAAAUGGAAUCUGCAGGAUAAUGAUGAUGACCAGCUUUUUUAUACCAAAAUCUAUAUUGACCCACAGCAAAGGGAACACAUGAAUAUUACUUUGGAUCACAAGUGCACAAUUUUUCAGACUUUAAAUGGAGCUGUUGAUGAGGUUCUUCUGAAAUUUGACGAAGGAAGAGUAAGAGCCAGAAAUUCCAUGUAUGAAACACUGCCAGUCACUAUUCAUGGAAAUGGCCAAUCUAAAAUUUACCUAAAUUACUUGGGAAAUUAUAUCCCUAACGUUUGGACGCGUGAAACUGGAUGCAGUGUUUGUGACUUAGAUUUACUAGACCUAUCAACCUUAAAAGAAUAUCCAAAGGUAACAAUUGGCAUUUUCAUUGAACAACCAACUCCUUUCCUACCUAAAUUUUUAGACAGACUGUUGACUCUGGAUUAUCCAAUGGAGCCACUUAACAUCUUCAUUCAUAAUAACGAGGUAUAUCAUGAAAAGCACAUCAAGAAAUUUUGGGAGAAAGCCAAGAAACUUAUCAGAAAUAUAAAAAUUGUUGGACCUGAAGAAAAUCUGAGUGAAGCAGAAGCCAGGAACAUGGGGAUGGACCUCUGUCGCCAGGAUAAAAUGUGUGACUACUAUUUCAGCAUAGAUGCAGAUGUUGUACUAGUGAACCCGAAGACUUUAAAAAUACUGAUAGAGCAAAACAGGAAGAUAAUUGCUCCACUUGUAACUCGUCAUGGGAAGUUAUGGUCCAACUUUUGGGGUGCACUAAGCCCUGAUGGUUAUUAUGCGCGAUCAGAAGAUUAUGUGGAUAUUGUCCAUGGAAAUAGAGUAGGGCUAUGGAAUAUUCCAUAUGUGGCUAAUAUAUACUUAAUUAAAGGACAAACUCUCAGGUCAGAGAUGAAAGAGAGGAAUUAUUUUGUUCGUGAUAAGCUGGAUCCUGAUAUGGCACUCUGCAGGAAUGUCAGGGAAAUGACUUUACAAAGGGAAAAAGACUCCCCUUCUUCGGAAACAUUCCAUAUGCUCAGACCCCCAAAGGGCAUCUUUAUGUACAUUACCAAUAGACAUGAAUUUGGAAGACUUAUUUCAACAGCCAAUUACAAUACCUCUCACUACAACAAUGAUCUCUGGCAAAUUUUUGAAAAUCCUGUGGACUGGAAGGAAACCUAUAUAAACCCCAAUUACUCAAAGAUCUUCACUGACCAAAUAGUGGAACAGCCAUGCCCAGAUGUCUUUUGGUUUCCCAUAUUUUCUGAAACUGCCUGUGAUGAACUGGUAGAAGAGAUGGAACAUUAUGGACAGUGGUCAGGAGGAAAACAUAAGGAUAGCCGUAUAUCUGGAGGGUAUGAAAAUGUCCCAACUGAUGAUAUUCACAUGAAGCAAAUAGGAUUGGAUAAUGAAUGGCUGCAUUUCAUUAGAGAGUUCAUUGCACCAGUAACUCUAAAAGUCUUUGCUGGCUAUUAUACCAAGGGACGUGCAUUGCUGAAUUUUGUUGUAAAAUACACUACUGACAGACAACGUUCCCUUAGACCUCAUCAUGACUCCUCUACAUUUACAAUCAACAUUGCUCUAAACAAAGUGGGAAAAGAUUUUCAAGGAGGUGGGUGCAAAUUCCUUAGGUACAACUGUUCCAUUGAGUCGCCCAGAAAAGGAUGGAGUUUCAUGCAUCCAGGAAGACUUACUCAUUUACAUGAAGGACUUCCCAUUUUAAAUGGAACAAGAUACAUCGCAGUAUCGUUUAUUGAUCCUUAACUUUUUAAUUUGUUUCUGCCAUGUCAAAGCCAGUGUUUGAUUCUUUGGCGCGAAUACUUAUUUAUAGUUUUCCUCCAAGAAGAUAGCAAUGGUGAUGAACAAAAAUGUAAAUUGCAUCUUUACUUUGGACUAGAAGAUUGAACAAUAAAAACAGCUUUACAAUUGUUGGGAGAUUUUCCAAAAGUCUUUUCUGAGCCUUAAGUCACAAAGUAAGAAUAUCCUGCUUAUUUCUCCAUUUUUGCUGUCUUGUGGAGCAUGGUAGGAAGGGAAAAUGGAACUACUUUUUUAAUGAAUCAAUUUUUCUGUUACAGCAAAAAUUACUGGAUGAUUUUAUAUCUCUAAAUUUUUUCUGGUUUUCCUUCAGUAAAGUGAAACAGCUGAAUUUGUUUGGCAUUCAUAUUUUAAAGAUACCAGUAGAAGAGCAUGUAGCACUAGUAUCAAGUGAAUCCCGGCCCCAGCAAAAGUGAAUAACAUUUUUCAUUUAAGUAAAAAUUAUUCAUGUUGGUGGCUACUUAAUGAAACCCCUCAGUUAAAUCUUUUUAAAAGUUUUGUUCAUAUAACAUACUAAAAUGCAUCUCCUCUGAAAAGAAAUAUGUGCAUUGCUGAAAAGGAUUCAUUGUAGAAAUGAAGAAACAGGUUGAAAAACUUAGAUAAAAAGUGUGCACUUCUAUGUAAUAUUGGAAAAAAAUUUUUAACGAACUCAUCCAGUUAAAAUGUUACUUCUCUUCGCCAAGUGUCCUUCAAUUGAAAUGAGGUAUUUUUGUAGAUAUACCAGAUCAACACUAGAAAGCAGAAUCCUGUUUUCAAAGCAUUGGUAAGGAAAUAUCAGGAUGUUUUGUAAACAUAAUUUUCUAUUCUUAUUUAAAGUUACUUGAAUUUUAUAUCAGGAAAAUGAUGUUGCAAAAGACUCUUUUUAUGAACCUAAGUGGUUUGACUUGGCAUUUAUAAAGGAAUCAAUUUUAAAUAUUCCUACUGUAUCUACUGUUUGUAAUUUAAAAAAACCAAACUUGAAACAGCCAUUAAACCAUGAAGUCUAAGGUGCCAAAAUAGUAUUUUUAAAAACCAUGUGACCUUGUGAAAAAUAAAUGGUAAUUUUAAAUUAAUAUUAGUUUUCUUGUGUAUUUUAGUAAAUUUAGCACAUUGCUAUUUUCGAUACAUACUUCUAGAAAAUGUGUUGUAUUUAGUGACUUAUACAUUUAAAGGAAUUAUUGUGCGUCAUGAUGUGCAUGAUCACAAAGUUUUCUUUUAAUACCCUGUAUGUUCACCUCUGUUACUAUUUAAAUUAUUUCUCUCAUUAGUUAAUGCUUAAGUCUUGAUCAAGAUAGGCAAUAUUUGAGAGCUUGAGCAGUAAUAUACUUGGAUGCCAUGUACUACAGUAACACUUCUAAGCAGGUUACUUAGUGACGCAAGUAACAAUUCUUUCUUCUUCACACCUGACUGAUUGGGUGCUAAUAUAAAUUAAGUAAAAUAUAAGAACUCUAGGACUGUGGAGCAGUGAGUAAUUAUUUUUAACACCAGGUUCUGUUGUUCCAAAUUUUCAUUUCCCUUAACAUUGUACCCUUAUUUUUUUUCCAGUGCAAGUAGAUGUUUACAGAUUGCAGAAAUACAUGUUUGCAUUGCAUUUCUUGACCUGUAUGAUAUCCAUGCCUACAUGUACCUUUAGCUGACUGAUAUUCUUUGGACUUUGGACUGAACUUCUAAAAGCUAUGAAAUUCAGAAAAUCUCCAGGGUAUGAAAGCAGUCUUUGUUAACCAUCUUUUUUCCAAGUAUUUGCUUGCGGUCUGUUUAGGCUACCAUAGAACAGAAUACUCCUUUACUGUGUGGUCAGUUUAAUAUAGGUCAAAGUAUUGAAGCAUUCUUUAUAAAGAAAUACUUGAAAACAGGACAAAAUAAAGUUGUUUGUAAACUA